AUGGGAGCUCCUGUUUGCUUCGGCCGGGUACCAGAGGACCAGGUGUCUCUCGUCAACCGCAUGUACGCUUGGCCACACAAGAUUCAGGAGGACUUCAGGCUGGCCGAGGCGCGACUCUCACACAAGCGAGACCUGAAGGAGACGGCGCUCAAAGGUCGUGUCGCUAACUUUGAGAAAACAUUGCAUGUCUACAACAAAGAGCUUGAGGACCUAAGAGGUCGCGACAACUUCAUCAUGAAGGAGAUUCGCGUCGACACCAUGAAACGAAACGUGGAGAUGCUGGACCGCCUCACCACUCAGUUCCAGGACGCAAAGGCUGAACUACAAGCCAUUAACGAGGAGCAAAGCCUGCUGAGCUGGGAGAUGACCAAGUUCCCGCUGCUUCAAUCCAUGAUAGCCCUCAAGGAACCCUACGACAAGCUGUGGCACACCACCUACGACUUCCACCAAAAGUAUGAGCGGUGGUACAACGGUCCUUUCACUGGGCUAGAUGCCGAGGCCAUCAGUGAGGAGGUGGAAGCCAUGUGGAAGACGAUGUACAAACUCACCAAGACCUUUAUGGACCAGGUGGGGUCGCGACGCGUGGCGGAGUACGUUAAGGAGCGCAUCGAAAAAUUCCGCCUUCAUGUGCCGGUUCUGCAGUGCAUCUGCAACCCAGGCCUGAGAGACCGACACUGGAAUCAGCUGGGUGAACACCUUGGAGCUGAACUGAACCUGACACCGGACACCUCCCUGGCAGACAUGAUUGACGCUGGGUUGCCCUCAGUCCAACGUAAGCUGGAGGAGAUUAGCCAUGCAGCCUCUAAGGAGUUCAGCCUAGAAAAGGCCUUGGAGAAGAUGAAAGGAGAAUGGGCUAAUGUUGUUUUUGAAUUUAAGCCAUGGAGAGAGACAGGAGUGUCCAUUUUAGCAGCAGUGGAUGACAUCCAGGUGCUACUUGAUGAACACACGCAGAAGGUGCAAACGAUGCGAGGUUCUCCGUAUGUGAAACCCUUCGAAGCCGAGAUCCGCACCUGGGAGGAGAAGCUCCUGUCCAUGCAGGAUAUCCUCGAUGCCUGGAUCAAGUGCCAAGUGACAUGGCUAUACCUGGAGCCAAUCUUCUCCUCUGAGGACAUCAUGAAGCAAAUGCUGGUGGAGGGGCGUAAGUUUACACGUGUGGAUGCCACCUGGAGGGAGCUGAUGGGCACAGCUGUAAAGGACUCCCAUGCCCUCGUCGCCACUGAGCAACCCAAUAUGUUGCCCAGGCUGCACGAGUGUAACAGACUACUGGAGGAGAUACAAAAAGGUCUCAAUGACUACCUGGAGAAGAAAAGACUCUUCUUUCCAAGAUUCUUCUUUCUGUCAAAUGAUGAAUUGUUGGAGAUCCUCUCUGAGACGAAAGACCCCCAGCGUGUACAGCCUCACCUCAAGAAGUGCUUCGAGGGCAUCAGCCGCCUCCACUUUUCAUCGCAGCAGGAGAUUGAAGGCAUGAUAUCGGCAGAGGGGGAGCUGGUGCAGUUCAGCAACAGGGUCAUCCCCUCCAAGGCCAGGGGUCUGGUGGAGCGAUGGCUGGUGGAGGUGGAAGAGAUGAUGGUACAGAGUGUACAAGAUGUAGCAGUGCGUGCUGUGGAGAACCAUCCACUCACUCCACACUGCCAAUGGAUCACUCAGUGGCCAUCACAGGUGGUGCUUACGGUGGCACAGAUUGUAUGGACUACUGAUGUCACCUCCAUCCUAGCCAAGAGAGGAGGACUCAAAGAGUACUUAGAAGUGUGUGACGCUCGCAUUCAGGAGGUAGUGGGCAUGGUGCGAGGAAAGCUGGAACACGGUACCCGACUUACCCUGGGAGCCCUCAUUGUUACCUACGUCCAUGGACGUGAUGUGGUGCAAGAGUUGAUCCAGAAGGGUGCUGCCUCAGUAACGGACUUUACAUGGGUGUCACAGAUGCGCUACUACUGGGUGAACGAGCUGGUACAGGUGGACAUGAUCAUGACACGACUCCAGUACGGAUAUGAGUACCUGGGUAACACCUCCAGGCUAGUCAUCACACCUCUCACCGACCGCUGCUUCAGGACACUCAUGGGGGCACUAAAGCUGCACCUGGGAGGGGCCCCUGAAGGUCCUGCUGGCACUGGCAAGACAGAAACAUGCAAGGACUUGGCUAAGGCUGUGGCCAAGCAGUGUAUCAUCUUCAACUGCUCUGAUGGUCUUGACUAUAAGGCCAUGGGCAAAUUCUUUAAGGUAUGCUGGGAGGCGGGAGUUGCCAGACAACCUUAAGGUUUUGUUCCGGACAGUGGCCAUGAUGGUGCCGGACUAUGAUAUGAUUGCCAAGAUUGUCCUCUUCUCCAUGGGAUUUGUCCAGGCAGACAGCUUGGCACGGAAAAUCAUCGACACAUAUCGGCUGUGCUCAGAGCAGCUAUCUUCCCAACACCACUAUGACUACGGCAUGAGAGCUGUCAAAGCUGUCCUACUGGCUGCUAACAAUCUCAGACUCCUCAUGCCAGACAUCUCCGAGCCACAGGUUGUCCUCAGGGCCAUUAAGGAUGUCAACCUGCCAAAGUUUCUAGCUCAGGACGUGCCGCUGUUUGAAGGUAUCGUGCAAGACUUGUUCCCGACGGAGAGAAACACCACAAUAGUGCCAGACGCGGCCCUUGAGGCCUCGCUUCUCAAGACCAUGGCAGAAAAUAACCUCCAGGACGUGCCAUGGUUCCGAGAGAAGAUGUUACAGUUAUAUAACAUGAUCCUGGUACGUCACGGCGUCAUGGUGGUGGGUGAGCCCCUCAGUGGCAAGACCAGUGCCUACCAGGGACUGGCGACCGCUGUAGAUAAAGUGGGACGGGAGAGGAAGAUGGGCGAGGAGCGUGGGGUGCAGUACAGGAUUAUCAACCCUAAAGCUCUCACUCUUGGCCAGCUUUAUGGCGCUUAUGAUCCAUUCUCACACGAAUGGUCUGAUGGCGUAUUAGCUAAGACUUUCCGGGAGAUGGCGGUAUCAACAUCAGAGGAGCGACGCUGGCUGGUGCUGGAUGGCCCUGUCGAUGCUGUCUGGGUGGAAAACCUCAAUACUGUUCUUGACGAUAACAAGAAGCUCUGCCUCAUGUCUGGAGAGAUCAUACAGAUGCCGAGUAAGAUGAGCAUCAUCUUCGAGACGUGUGACUUAGAGCAAGCGUCCCCAGCCACUGUGUCCCGCUGUGGUAUGAUCUACAUGGAGAGUCAACAGCUGGGCUGGAGACCUCUCAAGGACUCGUACAUGGCCAGCCUGCCAGUUGCUAUCAAAGGGGAGGUGAAGCAAAUGGUGGAUGUGGUGGUUGAAUGGCUGCUACCACCUGUAUUUGACUUCGUAAUGAAGAAGUGCAAGUUCAUGAUCCAGACCUCAGAGUUGCAUCUCUUCCAGUCCUUCGCAUGGAUGCUGGACUCUCUGCUGGACGAGGUGCGGGAGGCAGGCAAGCCGCUUGGCCCUAAGAUCUCAGAUGACAAACUGACAUCACUACUGCAGUACCUAAUCACCUUCAUCCUGCCCUGGACUAUCGGCUCCACAAUCACAGGUACAAGUCGUCAUUUGUUUGACCAGUUCUUUCGUAAGCUUCUGCUGGGGAAAGUGGAGGCAGCACCCAAGCCAGAGUGCUUCAGGCUAACUAAAGGGAUGAUGCCUCCGGAGAGUGGCUUGGUCUACGACUACCUGUAUGAGCGGGAGACUCAGCGGUGGGUUCUGUGGGACGACACCAUCGACAGGGAAAGACUCAUUAUACCUCCUGAUGCCAAGAUGUCCAAGUUGUUGAUUCCGACAGCGGAGACAGCUCGCCAAGAGUUCUUCUUGAGGACUUGUCUGGACCACGAUGUUCCCUUGCUGCUGCUGGGGCCCACAGGCACUGGGAAAAGUGCCCUCACUAACGCUUCGCUCAUCAACCUGCCCAAGGACAAAUUUAUCAUCAACACCAUCAACUUCUCAGCCAGGACAUCUGCUGGCCAGGCCCAGGACAUUAUUAUGUCCAAGGUAGACAGGCGGCGGAAGGGAGUAUUCGGGCCAGCAAUGGGGAGGAAGUAUGUGGUAUUUAUUGAUGAUGUCAACAUGCCACAAAAGGAGACGUAUGGCGCUCAGCCACCUAUUGAGUUCCUCAGGCAGUGGCUUGACCAUAAACACUUCUAUGACAAGAAGGACACAUCCAAGAUUGAACUUGUUGAUUCACUGUUCCUGGGAGCAAUGGCCCCCCCCAGUGCUGGCCGCAAUACCAUCUGCGGACGGUUUACACGCCACCUCAACAUCAUAUGUAUCGAUGCUUUUGAUGACUCGACUCUGGAUAAGAUUUUUGGGUCGAUUAUGACCUGGCACUUUACAACCCAGGAGGAUACAACAAUCCAACACCUCAAUAGGGCUGUAGUGGAAGCUACCCGUGAGGUGUACAAAAGGGCCACCUCCACCUUCCUGCCAACUCCCUCCAAGAGCCACUACCUGUUCAACCUUCGGGACUUCUCUAGAGUCAUCAGUGGCAUCCUCCUGGUGCCCAAUGCUGCCCUCAGCUCCGUUGACAAAUUGAUUAGACUCUGGCUUCAUGAGGUCUACCGUGUCUUUCAUGACCGGCUUAGUGAUGACACUGACAGAGGUGAGUUUUUCAACAUAGUGCGGGAGGUGAGUCAGCGGACUUUCCGUAUGCAGCUGAGCACAGUGUUGGCCCAUUUGGUGCCUGAAGGGGAAGUUCUCUGUCCACAUCACUUCAACAACCUCAUCUUUGGUGACUACAUGAUACCUGAUGCAGAGUCUAAGGUGUACGAUGAGGUACUGGAAAUGACUGACUUGCAACAAGUAAUGGAGGCAUACCUGCACGAGUACAACGUGAUCAGUAAGUCGCCACUGUCAUUGGUCAUGUUCCAGUACAUCACCCAGCAUGUGUCCCGCAUCAGCCGCAUCCUCCAGCAGGUCUCUGGCCAUGCCCUCCUCAUUGGGUUUGCUGGCUCAGGCCGCCAAAGUGCCACCAAGCUGGCCACCUUCAUGGCAAACCAUGAACUCUUCCAAAUAGAGGUGACCAAGACCUAUGGUGUAGCAGAAUGGAGAGAAGACAUUAAGAAAGUACUCAUGAAAGCUGGAGGAGAUGGAAAAUCAAUAGUCUUUCUCCUUACUGACACACAGAUCAAAGAUGGAAGCUUCUUAGAGGAUAUUAACACAUUACUCAACACAGGAGAUUUGCCUAAUUUAUACACCAAUGAGGAAAAGGCAGAAAUAUUAGAAAAGAUACAAGCAGUUGCCAAAGAUGAGGGUAAGAAGAUGGACUCCUCACCUAUGACACUGUUUGGCUACUUCAACGAGCGAGUGAGGGCCAACCUGCACUUGGUAGUGGCCAUGUCCCCCAUAGGCGACACCUUCAGGACCAGGCUCAGGAUGUUCCCCUCCCUCAUUAACUGCUGCACUAUAGACUGGUAG